AUGACCCCUGACACGGUUGAUAUUGUGAAUGAUUAUGAUAAUGAUGAGGUAACAUGUAGUAACCCCCCUUCAUACUUAGAUUGGAGGAAAGAAGGAGCUGUCACUUCUGUUAAAAAGCAACGCACUUGUGGUAGUUGUUGGGCAUUCGCGGCUGUAGGUGCCAUUGAAGGAAUAGUUGCAAUAAAGAAGAAGAAGCUUCAAGACCUUUCAGUAAAAGAGGUUCUGGAUUGUACCCCCGAACCUAAUAAUUGUUCUGGUGGAUCUUCGUUCGAUGCGUUCAAUUGGGUUAUAGGAAACAAAGGAUUGGCAUUGGAGAGUGAUUAUGCUUCUUACAAGCCAGUGAAGGGUGUUUGCAAAUCCAAAGAGUCUCGGAAUAGUCCAAUUAGUGCCAUCCAUUCAUUUCAGCAUGUGGCCCAAUCAGAUGAGGCACUAUUGUGUGCAAUUGUUAACCAACCAAUUACGUUGUAUUUUUAUGUCACAAAAGACUUUCAACAUUACCACAAUAAAAUAUAUGAGGGUCCCAAUUGCCCGGUUGAUUCUACAGAUCUUAGAAGAAAAUUCAUCCUCCUUAAACUUCCAAUCAUCCUCCCUCUUGAAGAAACUUCUCCAUCUGAUAUGGAUCAUCCUUACAAACUUGAUCAACAUAUCAAGCUUUAG